UUAACGGAAGAUGUUCACCAAUUCUAAGGCUGGCAGGCGAAGGAGGAAUCUCAAGAGCUCAGCACCUGCUAAGACUAGAAGUAACAGCAGGAAAGGAGUCAAAACUGGACAUAAGCAGAUAAAGACGAUUGAUAACUCCAGAGUUUAGCAAUGGAUCAAGGAAGGAUCUUUCUUCUCACAAAAAGUCUAUGAAAAAUAUGCAUGAUACUAAUAGGUCUCCUCUCAGAUCUCUGAACUGUCUCAAUGAAGGGAACCCUAAUAAUUCUCAGGUUUUUGGAAGCCAAAAGAAGUUGGCUACAGAGGAAUAUUUUAGAGGUCUUAAAGAGCAUUACAAAAUAAUAAAUGUUAAUAAUAAGAAAGAAAAUUCAGUGAUCGAAUUCCCAUAUGAGCUCAAGAACUUCCUGGAGAGAGGAAUUGAUCUUGAUGAAUAUGAGCCUAUUGGAGACCAGGACAAGGAAAGUCAAAAAAAGCAAUUAAUUACUAUAAAUAUGAAGAGGAUCAGGAACUCCAAUAGUUCUAAACAAAGUUUUAAGAUUUUGUCAUGGAAUCCAUGCGGGAAUUUCAAAAGGAGGAAAUCCAAAAUGAAUGAAGAUCCUAAGCGGAAUACUCUAAAGAAGGUCAUCCAAAAUGUCUCCUCUCAUAAUAAACCUGAAGGGUGAAAGUCUACUAAUUCUGAGUUUAAAUAAAGAAAAUCAUGUAUCGAAUGGGAACCAUAAGAAGAAAAAAUCUAGAAGCAGAAAGAAGAAGCUCAGCCAUAAUUCUCUAAUUUCUUUAACUCUCAAGAUUGAUACGAAUCGUGUUCGAAGGAUCCAGUCAGCAAGUGCUCGAAGGAAGAGUAAUGAAAGGAGCUUUGGGCGUCCCUAAGAGCUCUAAAUUCUAUAAAAUG